AUGCAUAUGUCCACUAAAAUCGUGCUGUUCGUAGUAACAGCACUAUGGUCUUCGCUCGAGGUUACUGCUACUCCACUGCUAUUGAAGGACGGCUUUAACAGUGGUGUGCUCGAAUCACGAUACAAUCGGGAUGAGACAGCCACGACUAGUGAUGAUUUCGGUAAAACCUUCAUCGAAUAUUUCCUUGAUAAAAGGGGAUCAGAUCGCACCACUAUCUUCUAUACCGCAGUUCCCGACGACAACGACUUAAAUUUGGUCGACGACCUGGUUUGCGCUAUAGGACGUGGCGUUCUUUAUUCUGAUGUUUUCCCACGUGCUGGUAUCGAAACAGCCCUGGAUUGGAGACAUACCCUCAGUACUACCAAGGCAGUCGGCAGUAUGUUUAGUUAA